UGAGCCGACGAGCUGAAAGCGACUACGAAUUUAAUGGCAUGAAGAUCCCGAGGGGCCUGAGCAUCAUGGCAGCAGUGACUUACAUCCACCACGACCCUGAACUGUGGUCGGAGCCGGAAACAUUCGACCCAGAAAGGUUUAAUCCGGACAACAAGCCGUACAUUCACCCCAUCAGUUUCCAGCCGUUCGGAAAAGGCCCCAGGGCAUGUCUGGGCCUAAAUUUCGCUCUCCUCGAGAUGAAGCUUAUUCUGUCUAAGGUUAUAGCCACGUACAAGCUUUCUGUAGACGAGGAGCACCAUAAGAAUGUGAUUCAGCUCGGUUCUGCGUUCAUCGCUUCUUUUGUCCCAAGUGGAGUGUGGAUGAGGCUUGACAAGUCCGAAGAGUAAAUUGUGUUCACGUGUGAGUGUUAGCUGAAUCAGAGGCUGGGUCCGAGCUAGCUGGUACAUUGAUACGCGUGACAUCAAGAGUUAUUUCUGUGUCGCCCAGUUUCCAUGCGCGCGCUAACGAAGCCUACAAUCGUUAGCGCGAAAAAGGAGAAAAAAAGAGAGAGAGGAGAGCGUAGAAAUAAGAGAGAAACUGAUAGCUCAGUUCUCAAACAUGCGCAGUAACGAUUUCAUGAGUGAAUUAAGAGACGACAUAUAUGGCGUUUUUGUGUCGCAAUAAAUAUCAGUUGGAAGUAGC